AGACCAAUUGUUCCACAAUGCAAACUCCACCAUAUACUCCCGAGGACAAAGUAAAGGGCAGACAGGAAGGUUCAAGACGCCCUCGUGUCAGCAGCGUGGUCAGCAACAGCUCUGAAGAUGGCGCUGUGUUCUUAGGCAAAACUCCUCCUCGAGCACUCACCCCUCGACCCAUUAAACGUCGUCCUAAACCCAUACAAGAUACCCAACGAGAAAUCGCCACUUCCGAAGAAGACAUAGCACCACAAUCUCCCGUCGAGAGAGCGGUCCUAUGGCUCGAAAACUCUUGGGCUCAUUAUCAAGAAAACCUGCAUUUGAGAGAAGUCAAUAGGAUUUUGUUCAUUACCUUGGUUUUCGUGGCGGUCAGACAUCUCACUUGGGAAUGUCCUCCUCAACAUCCUGCGGUGGUGAUACGAGGGAAUGUUGGGGACUCUGCUUGGUCGGGUGUUCAUCAUAACCAUUGGGCAAUGGCAGAUACAGAUGCUGGUGCUUCUAACUGGGCUCAAGCGGCAGCAUUGGGAGCAGAUAUCGUUAGUCCUCCCUUGUCCCCUGACACACCUUUGCAUACCAAUCUAGCCACCUCAAAUCCCGGCACUUCCGCAUUCGCGAUCUGGAACUUCGCGCCAGCAGCCCUGGCAAAUGUACUCCCAGCCUUCCCAAACCCAGCAGCUCUAGCAAAAGACGUCCGCGAAUUUCUGAAGCCGUCAAACUUCAAGAACUCAGCUGGGACGUUUAUUCGAAACAAACUCAUCUACGGUGUAUGGUUCGGCGCUACUUAUCCUAUCUAUGCAAUGAGACCGACUCCCAAGCUUGAUACGCAUGGCUGGGAUGUGAUUGUCGCCAAUCAAGAACGCAGACAACAUUUCUUGUCGGUCCUGAGAGAUAUGGAGGAAGUAAGUUCGCAUCUACAUGUUGAACUCAGUGGUCAACUUUUCGAAGGGUCUGCACAAAAUACCAACGAGGAGCAAAUAUCUGCUAUAAACAAUCUUGAGGACUUGCAGAAGCGGUUGGAAGAGUUGAAGACACAUCAGUACGAUAUUGUGAGACUUCUAGGCAUCUACCACAAAGCCGGCAAUCUCGCCUCCUCAGCUCUAGACGACUACACUCUAUUCGGCAACUCCAAACCCAGUAGCAGCGUCAAAGACCUUGAUUCGUUGCGCUCCUCAAUGCUAGACACUGGUUCUCAACUCCUCACCCACUUGAACGCAGCGCAACAAACCAUCGAUUUCAUAACCCAAACAUCACAAACUCUUCCUUGGAAAACACAAGAGGAAAAGUGGUGGCUAGCAAGGUGGUUGGAUAGGUAUAAAGACAGAGGGAUUGAAGCGGCUUUUUCUGGGUUGGAGCAGUUAGACGUUUAUGUCAAU